AUGCAAGCUAAACACGCUCCGGUGUCCGUUUUGCUGGUUCUCUUCGUGCUCUCCCUCGUCCUCACGCUCGUGCCGCAGCCGCAGAAAUCAUUCUUCCGGACUCGGCCACGGCCGCUUCUGAUCGACAUUGCGUCCGGUGGUUGUGACUACUCCGACGGGACAUGGGUGAAGGACGCCACCACCGGGACGCUCUACGGGGAAGACUGCCCCUUCCUCGAUCCCGGCUUCCGCUGCGAGCGCAACGGCCGGAGCGACUCGUCAUUCCGGCAAUGGCGCUGGCAACCUCACGGCAGCUGCCACCUCCCUAAGUUUAAUGCGACGGAUAUGCUGGAGAGGAGCCGGAACGGCCGAAUCGUGUUCGCCGGCGACUCCAUCGGCCGUAACCAGUGGGAGUCCAUGUUGUGCAUGCUCGCCAGCGCCGUGCCAAAUGGUUCAAGGAUAUACGAGCAGUCCGGGAAGCCCCUCAGCCGGCACAAGGGCUACCUCUCGAUGGUCUUCGUGGACUACAACCUCUCCGUGGAGUACUACCGUGCGCCGAUGCUAGUCAUGGUCGACCGCAUCCCGCCGGUAGCAAUGAAAAAAGGCGCAAGGGUCACCAGGGGUGCCAUCCGGCUCGACACGCUGCCACGGCACGCCACACGCUGGGCCGGCGCUGAUGUGCUCGUCCUCAACACCGGUCACUGGUGGAAUGAGCACAAGACCAUCAAAUCAGGAAAUUAUUUCAUGGUGGGUGAUCGGUUCAACAUGACAAUGGACAUCAAGGAAGCGUUCCGGUUGUCCAUGAAGACGGUGAAAGAUUGGGCACUAAGCAACCCACGACUCUCUAGGAGCAGAUACAUCUUCUUUAGGAGCUAUUCUCCGUCGCACUACGACAACGGAACGUGGGACACAGGCGGCUCGUGUGCGGACCAAUGGGAUCCUCUUAUGAUGACUACCGGCGAGAGCGACCAAGAGUAUUCAUGGAUCAAUGUGAUGAUCUCAAGCAUGGCACGGAGCAAGAGUAGACAAUGGAUAAACAAUAGGGUGGUGUUCUUGAACAUAACACACAUGACAAGACUGAGACGGGACGGUCAUCCGUCGCGGCACCGAGAGCCCGGGACGCCGCCAGAUGCCCCAGAGGAUUGCAGUCACUGGUGCCUGCCAGGCGUGCCAGACGCAUGGAACCAAGUGAUGUAUGGGCACCUCGUGUCUACGGGAUACGGCAUGAGGUUUACCAAUAGUGAAGAUUAUGUGAGACCACAGAACGUUGGACCCACCACCACUUAUCCACGUCAGCGUGGGACAUAUCCAACUGACCGUGCUGGACCCACCUCACCGAAGCUAGACCCACCUGUCAGCGCGGGACCCACCUCACCGCAGCUAGACCCACCACUUAUCCAUGUCAGCGUGGGACCGACCUCACCGCAGCUAUGCCAGAACAACGCCAGUGCCCGGUCGCUCACCCCCGUGCAAUUUCUUCCCCCUUCCCCUAUCUUCCUCUUCUCCGACGACGAAGCGCGGCAACGAGAGAGAGAUGUCUACCUCCUCCUCCGCCUCGCAGUCAAGAUGAUCCUCAAGAAAUGUGACCAUUUUGAGUGGAUGGAUGCGUAUAUUGAGAGGCUUCAGUUUGAGGGCUACAUUGAUUUGAAUGGGGUGGCAACCUGGGAGCUCAAUUUGGGCUUGCCGCCGAAUGAUGUGGAGAAUUGGGGGGACAGAGCCGUGACGACGACGAGGAAUGCACGCAAUGCUGAAGCAGAUCAAGAAACAUCUCAAACAGAUGGUCGAUUUGCAGAAUCAAGCAAAUACAAUGGCAGAAGUUAUUCAGUUAACGGGCAAGCCGAUAAAAAUUCAGCUCAUGUUAAAAAAACUCAAUGGGCUACCCAAUAG